AUGUUUAAUCCACAAAAACUCUACAUCCAACAAAAUAGCAACUUUGAAAUCAACCAAUUUUCUUGCAAUAAACACAAGCAACCAUUUACUUUUAUAGAUCUAUCAUAGAUGUGUGAAAGGGAAUAUAGAAUGAAGUGUUCCGAAUGUUAGUUAGAUCUAAAUUGUAUUCCUUUUGAUAUAUUUGGUAAUUUAUGUGAAAACAUCUAUUAAAACAUUGACUAAAAUAAUUUUUAAGUAGCGCGAACCGUUUUAAAGAAAUUUUAAAAAGAAAUAGAAGAAAUAUAAGGUUUACUUCAAUAAUUAAACAAUAAAUUAAUAAGGAUUUCAAGUACUCAGAGACCUACUAGCAAUUGCUUGGAAUUAUUAAACAGUUUUGUUAAUUGUAUAAAGAAAUAAAGUAAUGAAAAAUUAGGCGCUUUCAUGAACACAUAACAAGAUCAAAUCCUAAAGAAAUUUGGAAUUAAAUAAUUCUAAGAGUUAGCAGAAGUAUUGUCAAAGAAUACCAUUCUCAAUUAAUAAAACUAUAAUUAUACUCUAAAAUUUAAAGAUAUUGAUGAUCAAUAACUAGCGGAAUCAAAUUAAUAUUUCGAAUUUACACAAAAUUUAAAAUAAUAAAUUUUAAACUUUAAAUAGGAGAAUGAUAUUAAAAAUGUUGAAAAUAUAUUUGCAUAAUAAGUUAAUUAACUGAAUGGUUAAAUCAUACAAUAACAAUAGAAAUAUUAUAAAGCACAGAGAAUAUAUGAAAUUCAGAAAAGCGAAAUCAUGCUUUUGAAAGAAAAUUAAUCAAUAGCUGAUAUACAAUUAAAUUUUGAUUAAUCAAUGCUUUAUAUUAGGUUUAUGGAGCCAAAUAACUAUCUUAGUAUUUGGAAGUAUGACCCUGAAAAAAAAAAAUGGAAUUUUUCGACUUAACUUUAAUGUUAUAUUCAGAGUUUGAUAGAUUUUAAAAUGAGCAAAUUAGAAAAUGCCUUUGUAACAUGUGGAGAAGAUUCUAGAUAAAAUCCUGCCUAUGUCUCUAACCUUAGUUAGAAUAAUAAUUCAAUUAAGAUUUGGAAAUAAGAAGGGUAUACUUGGAUAGAGAAACAAAUAUAUAAACCAGUCGUUCAAAAUGGACAUGGAUUUUCAAGAAAUUAGUUAAGUUCUUUUGAGUAAAUCUGA